CCUCUCUAAACCCUUUUGUCUCCUCCUCCAUAUUUCAAAAUCCCAAAAAAUAUACAAAAUUUUCAAAAAUUCGGUAGUUUUCUUUUCUUAAUCGAAGCCCGUGCUUUUUGGUUAGGGUUUCUGAUUUUCCUUUUUGUUAACGAGAAAUGGCAGCGCCUACGAAGAAAUCUCAGAAGAAAAAAUCCAAAGGAGGGAAACCAAAGUUCAAUAAAGCGUCCAAUAAACAGUUUAAAGUGAGGAAGGAUUCAAACGACGCCGUUAAGUCUGAGGCAGUCGCUUUGCAGCUCGAAGAUGAUGUCCCUGACUUCCCUAGAGGCGGGGGAAGUUCUUUGAGCAAACGAGAACGUGAUGAAAUCCGAGCUGAAGUAGAUGCGGAAUUUGAGGGAGAGGAGCGGUCAUUAAAGAAGAAUGAGAGGAAGACGUUGCGGAAGAAGAGCCAGGUCAUGCCGGAUGACUUGGGUUCACUUUUUGGUGAUGGCAUUACCGGCAAGUUACCUAGAUAUGCCAACAAAAUAACUCUGAAGAAUAUUUCUCCUGGAAUGAAGCUCUGGGGAGUUGUUGCUGAGGUAAAUGAGAAGGACCUUGUAAUUAGUCUUCCAGGGGGCUUACGUGGUUUAGUUCGUGCAGCUGAUGCACUUGAUUCUAUUCUCAGUAAUGAAGUUGAGAAUAAUGAAGGGAAUUUCCUCACAAAUAUAUUCUACACCGGGCAGCUGGUUUCUUGCGUAGUGCUGCAGUUGGAUGAUGAUAAGAAGGAGACUGGCAAAAGAAAGAUAUGGCUUUCCUUGCUUCUCUCUUUAUUGCACAAAGGCUUCACCUUGGAUGCUGUUCAAGAAGGGAUGGUUCUCACUGCAUAUGUGAAAAGCAUUGAAGAUCAUGGUUACAUUCUUCACUUUGGAUUGUCUUCAUUCAUGGGGUUUUUACCAAAAGAUGGCGAAGCCGAAAUCACGGACAUCAAAGUGAGGACUGGGCAAUUCUUACAAGGGGUUGUUAGGCGCAUUGAUAAAAACCGCAAAGUUGUUUAUUUGAGUUCUAAUCCAGAUACUGUGUCUAAAUGUGUAACCAAGGAUCUUAAGGGCAUUUCAAUUGAUCUUCUUAUUCCAGGCAUGUUGGUUAAUGCUUCUGUUCGGUCGAUCCUUGAGAAUGGGAUCAUGUUAUCAUUCCUUACAUACUUUACUGGAACCGUUGAUAUGUUUCAUUUACAAAAUAAAUUCCCAACUAAGGACUGGAAGGAUGAUUACAAUCAAAACAAGAAGAUUAAUGCUCGGAUACUGUUUAUUGAUCCCUCAACUAGAGCAGUGGGCUUGACCCUGAAUCCUCAUCUUGUUCACAACAAAGCUCCUCCUUCGCAUGUUAACAUUGGAGAGAUUUAUGACCAGUCAAAAGUGGUCAGGGUUGAUAGAGGCUUAGGUCUUCUGCUUGACAUCCCAUCUAAACCAGUGUCAACUCCAGCCUAUGUGAAUAUAUCUGAUGUGGCUGAAGAGGAAGUCCGGAAGCUAGAAAAGAAGUUCAAGGAAGGCAGCCAAGUUCGUGUUCGAAUUCUUGGAUUCAGGCACUUGGAAGGGCUUGCCACUGGUAUUUUAAAGGCCAGUGCAUUUGAAGGGCAAGUGUUCACUCACUCAGAUGUGAAGCCUGGGAUGGUGAUAAGAGCUAAAGUCAUUGCGCUUGACAGCUUCGGUGCCAUUGUACAAUUUCCCGGUGGUGUAAAGGCACUAUGUCCCAUUCGUCAUAUGUCUGAAUUUGAAAUUGUGAGACCUGGAAAAAAGUUUAAGGUUGGAGCUGAAUUGGUCUUCCGGGUGCUUGGUUGCAAGUCGAAGAGAAUAACUGUUACUCACAAGAAAACUCUAGUGAAAUCUAAACUUGGGAUUAUUAGUUCUUAUGCUGAUGCAACUGAGGGAUUUAUAACGCAUGGCUGGAUAACUAAGAUUGAAAAGCAUGGAUGCUUCGUCCGGUUUUACAAUGGAGUCCAAGGAUUUGCACCCAGAUCUGAACUUGGCUUAGGACCAGGAUAUGAUCCAAGUUCAAUGUAUCAUGUGGGACAAGUUAUUAAAUGCAGAGUUUCCAGUUCUACCCCUGCUUCACGGCGUAUCAAUCUUAGUUUCCAGAUGAAGCCUGUGAGGGUUUCUGAAGAUGAUUUGGUCAAGUUGGGUAGUAUUGUUUCGGGAGUAAUUGACAGUUUUACCCCUUCUGCAGUAGUUAUACAUGUUAACUCAAAAGCUCACUUGAAGGGUACAAUUUCUAAUGAACAUUUGGCAGAUAAUCAUGAGUCUGCUGCCUUGUUGAAGUCAGUCUUGAAGCCAGGAUAUAAGUUUGAUCAACUGCUGGUUCUAGAUAUUGAGGGCAACAACAUCUUACUCUCUGCUAAAUACUCUCUCACAAGUUUGGCUGAACAACUGCCAUCUGAUGUCAGUCAGGUCCACCCUAACUCAGUGGUCCAUGGUUAUGUUUGUAAUUUGAUUGAAACUGGCUGCUUUGUCCGCUUUCUUGGGCGUUUGACUGGUUUCUCACCCCGAAGCAAGUCAACGGAUGACCAUAAAGCUGAUCUAUCAGGAGCCUUUUAUGUCGGUCAAUCUGUUCGCAGUAACAUACUCGAUGUAAAUAGUGAAACAGCAAGAAUAACACUUUCUUUGAAGCAGUCAUCAUGUUGUUCAACUGAUGCUAGCUUUAUUCAAGAAUACUUUCUUUUGGAAGAGAAGAUUGCUAAGCUGCAAUCAUUGGACUCUGAUGGAUCUGAGUUGAAGUGGGUUGAAGGAUUUAAUGUUGGCAGUGUUAUUGAGGGCAAAAUUGGAGAGACAAAGGAUAUUGGAGUGGUUGUCAGCUUUGACAAAUACAAUGAUGUUUUAGGCUUUGUCACACAUUAUCAAUUAGGUGGACUUACUUUGGAAACAGGAUCCAUUGUUCAAGCUGCAGUUCUUGAUGUUGCCAAGGCAGAACGCCUUGUUGAUUUAUCCUUAAAGCCCGAGUUUGUUGAUAAAUCUCGAGAGGAAAGUUCUAAAGGCCAAAUUCAAAAGAAGAAGCGCAAAAGAGAAGCUUCCAAGGACUUGGAGGUGCACCAGACAGUAAAUGCAGUUGUGGAGAUUGUGAAAGAGCAUUAUUUGGUUCUUGCAAUUCCAGAGUAUAACUAUGCCAUAGGGUAUGCAUCAAAAGCAGAUUACAAUACACAGAAGUUUCCUCAGAAACAAUAUGUGAAUGGGCAGAGGGUUAUUGCCACUGUUAUGGCUCUUCCAAGCCCUGCAACUUCAGGAAGGUUGCUUUUGCUUCUUAAUUCUAUUAGUGAGGUUACUGAGACAUCCAGUUCGAAAAGGGCCAAAAAGAAGUCUAGCUAUAGUGUGGGAUCCUUGGUUUCAGCAGAGGUUACUGAAAUUAUGCCACUUGAAUUGAGAUUGAAAUUUGGCAUAGGUUUCCGUGGACGAGUUCAUAUAACAGAGGUGAAUGAUGAUAAUGUUCUUGAAAAUCCUUUUGCGAACUUCAAAAUUGGGCAGACAAUCACUGCAAGGGUUGUGGGAAAGGCUAAUCAGAAAGGAUAUCUUUGGGAUUUGUCUAUCAAACCUACAAUGCUUGCUGGUGUCAAUUCUACAAAUGAUGAAUGCAAUUUUUCAACUGGGCAACUUGUCACUGGUUAUGUUUACAAAAUGGACACUGAAUGGGCCCGGUUAACCAUAUCUCGUCAUGUGAAAGCUCAUCUAUAUAUUCUUGAUAGUGCAUGUGAACCUAAUGAACUUCAGCAGUUCCAGGAACGCUUCAAAGUUGGGAAGGCUGUUUCUGGUCAUGUUUUAAAUGUUAACAAGGACAAAAAGCUGUUACGAUUGGUCCGACAUCCUCUAGGUGCUCUUUCUAUUCGAAAUGUUCAUGGUGAAGAUAAAAGGACAGGUGAAUCAGAUUAUAAGAUUUCUGGUGAGAGUGUGACAGCUCGUAUUCAUGAAGGAGAUAUCUUAGGUGGUAGAAUUUCCAAAAUAAUUCCUGGUGUAGGUGGAUUGCUUGUGCAAAUAGGUCCUCACACUUUUGGUAGGGUUCAUUUUACUGAACUGAAGGACACAUGGGAAUCUGACCCAUUACUUGGAUAUUAUGAGGGGCAAUUUGUUAAGUGCAAAGUCCUAGAAAUCAGCCACUCAGUCAAGGGAACUAUUCACAUUGAUUUAUCAUUACGUUUAUCUUUGGAUGGCAUGCUUCCCAACAAUCCUUCAGAACUCUGCAGUGAUGUGGACUCUACGAGCAAGCGUGUGGAAAAAAUUGAGGAUCUUUAUCCCAAUAUGGCCAUACAGGGUUAUGUUAAAAAUAUGAUCCCAAAAGGAUGUUUUAUUCUGCUUUCAAGGAAACUAGAUGCAAAAAUUCUUCUAUCAAAUUUGUCUGAUGGCUAUAUUGAUGACCCAAAAAAGGAAUUCCCCAUUGGAAAGCUUGUAGCUGGAAGGGUGUUAGCAGUCGAACCUUUGUCAAAACGAGUUGAAGUUACCUUAAAAAAAUCAAAUACUUAUGGCACAUCAAAAUCUGAAAUUAAUGAUUUUAGUAGCCUGCAUGUUGGAGAUAUAGUUUCAGGCAGGAUCAGGCGUGUGGAGUCAUAUGGUUUGUUUGUCACGCUUGACCACACAAACAUGGUUGGAUUGUGCCAUGUCUCAGAGCUUUCAGAUGAUCACGUUGAUAACAUCCAAACUAAAUACAGAGCAGGGGAAAAGGUUACAGCAAAGAUAUUAAAGUUGGAUGAAGAAAGACACCGGAUUUCCCUUGGUAUGAAAAAUUCAUAUCUUACUGAUGAUAUUGAUAUCCAAAUACCCUCAAAUGAAGAGUCUGAUGAAGACGUUGAAGAGACAGAUGACGCAAGAUCAAUAAUGUUGACAGACAGCACUCUUGGGAUGGAUAUUGAGUAUGAAAAUGGAGCAAACUCUAUUCUUGCUCAAGCAGAAUCAAGAGCUUCGAUUCCUCCACUUCAGGUCACUCUUGAUGACAUUGAGCACUCUGAUAUGGAUAUUUUAAUUAGUCAAAAUCAAGCAAAUAGUAAUGAGGCAGUCACCGGUGAUGAGAAGAACAAGAGACAAGCAAAAAAGAGAGCAAAUGAAGAUAGGGAGCAGGAAAUUAUAGCUGCUGAGGAAAGACAAUUGGAGAUGGAUGUACCAAGAACUGCUGAUGAAUUUGAGAAACUUGUUAGAAGUUCUCCUAAUAGCAGUUUUGUCUGGAUAAAAUACAUGGCUUUCAUGCUCAAUUCAGCUGAUAUUGAGAAAGCCCGUGCUAUUGCUGAAAGGGCUUUGAGGACAAUAAACAUUCGAGAAGAGAAUGAGAAGCUAAAUAUCUGGGUGGCUUACUUUAAUCUGGAGAAUCAAUAUGGGAAUCCUCCAGAGGAAGCUGUGCAAAAAAUUUUUCAAAGGGCAUUGCAGUAUUGUGAUCCCAAAAAGGUACAUUUAGCACUUUUGGGCAUGUACGAGAGGACAGAGCAACAUAAGUUGGCCGAUGAGCUACUUGACAAAAUGACCAAGAAGUUUAAGCACUCGUGCAAGGUUUGGUUGAGGCGGGUGCAGAUGUUGUUGAUGCAACAGCAGGAUGGGGUUCAAUCGGUUGUAAACCGUGCUUUAUUAUGUCUUCCACGCCAUAAGCACAUUAAGUUUAUUUCACAGACAGCUAUACUUGAGUUCAUCGGGGUUCCUGAUAGAGGGAGAUCUAUGUUUGAGGGAAUUUUAAGGGAGUACCCAAAGAGAACAGAUUUGUGGAGCAUUUAUCUUGAUCAAGAGAUUCGACUUGGAGAUGAAGAUGUGAUCCGUGCUCUGUUUGAGAGGGCAAUUAGCUUGAGCUUACCAGCCAAAAAGAUGAAAUUCUUAUUCAAGAAGUAUCUCGAUUAUGAGAAAUCUCUUGGUGACUUGGAAAGAAUUAAAUCCGUUAAACAGAAGGCAAUGGAUUAUGUCGAAAGUACACUAACUUGAUUGUUAUUGGGACUCCGAUGUUGAGUGACGACAGAAGUAGUUAUCUUACCCUCGACUGUGCAAAAGAGUUAAUCUGGAAGAGAGGUGUCAACAAUUAUUCAGAAUUUGAUGGGAGCGAAGAUGAGUGAUGUUGGCCCAGCUGCAUUGCCUUGGGAGCACCGGGGAUAUGAAGGACAAUUGCAUUGAGGUGUGUUAUGAGCUGAAAAUGCCUUUCAGAGUGGCCUCUGAAGCCAUUCUGCUUCUUUUUGUGUUUUCAUAUAUAUAUAUAUAUAUUAAGUGCUUUUACAGGAAAUGGGAGGAAUUUUUCCAGAAAUGUGGAGGUCCACUUCAACCCUCCUCCCUAUUUAUUCAACCAAACUUUUUUUUUUUUUGAAAGAUGAGUUUUUAUUAAUGAUAAACUGGAAUGCCGUGGGGAGUCUUCAACGUUGAGAUUUGAAGACUCUUAUUGGCAUGGAAGCUAUCAUGAGAAGAACUUAUUUUGAACAA